GAGAUGCCCCCCAUUUACUGUUUCCCGAUCUCCUAGUAAGUGAAAAGAUGGAUGUGAUGAAGGCAACCGGUUUUAGUAAUUAAAGAGUCCUUGACGGUGAUCUCGAGUGCAUGGAAUUGAAAUUAAGCAUAGAUGAAUCAUAUCGGGUGAGACCAACCGAUUUCACAUCAUGUACGGUUGUGAAUCAAAUGUUCAAUUCCUUCUCAAGUUUUUCCUCACCAUCAAGGUUAUUGUUGUUCUAAAAUCAAGAGAUCUUUAGUGUUCAUAUCGGAGCAGUAGUGUUGAGGUGUAUCCUUUCAACUCCAACAAACUACAAUUAUCAGGCGGAUCUAUGCAUUUUGAGUUCUUCAGGGCUCACAAUUGUUUGUAGACAUUCACAUCACUUGCAUUUGCAUUUGAUCACGCCAUUACUGCUUUGUCCACUUUAGUGUCUCCAUGACAUAGCUUCAGAUUUGGAGGUGACUCCUUGCUGGAAUUCUACUUCUUUUCUUAGAUUGUUUACAGUAGUUUAGCCUAGCCUAACAAUCUGCAGCCAGUCACUGAAAUCCUUUUAUUUGAGGCAAAAGCAUAACCUAAACAUAUGCUUUGCCUUGAUUGAUUGAACAAAGGCCAUCCGUUAUGCAUUUUCCUCUUGAAUGUUUUUCUUGAGUUCUCUGGCUCCUAAUCAUGAGUUAUGUAGGGUAACAACUUUUGUAGACUGUUGCUGGGCUCUAAACAACACAGCUAUAUCAUGGGAAAACUGUCUUUGCAUAUAGCAAAAUAGCUCUUCUCCAUUGAAGAUCGAUCUAGAUCCUUGCAUCUGGCCAUCGCACCUCCAGUGAGUUGGGACGUGCUGUUAUGGAAUCUGAGCUUCUACUUCAUAGUGGGGGAUGCCACUGCAGGAGAGUAAGGUGGGAAGUCGAAGCGCCGACUAGUGUAGUUGCUUGGAAAUGCAACUGUUCGGAUUGCUCCAUGAGAGGCAAUAUCCACUUCAUUGUCCCUUCUGAAAGAUUCAAACUUUUGGGAAAUUCGGACCAAUACCUUACAACCUACACUUUUGGCACUCACACGGCAAAGCAUACUUUUUGCAAAGUUUGUGGUAUAACUUCAUUUUACAAGCCAAGAUCAAAUCCAGAUGGAAUCGCCGUUACUUAUAGGUGUGUGGACCCCGGUACUCUGGCUCAUGUCGAGAUCAAGCAAUUUGAUGGACAGAAUUGGGAAAGCUCAUAUGAUUCGAGUGGCGUUUCUUCAUGUUCUAAAAUGGAUACUGAAAAGGCAAAGGUAGGCUCCAGCUGAAAAUUGGUCUGAUGCUGCUGAUGUCAAGAAUAUACUCUGUAGCUCUGAGUAAUCUGUGCGUUUUAACGCCGGAGGUUCCAAAAAUGUACUAUUUUGUAAAACUUUGGUUGGUUCACAGUCAGUGAAUCAUACCUGGUAGGCUGUUGAUUUUUUUUUCCCGGUCAUAAGGCUGUUGAGCUGAAUAUUGUAUAAUUUCCCUUACAAAUGGUAAUGACAUUCAAACCCACUAGACACUGAGGCUGGAGAAAGACUAGGACUAAAUCUUGCAUAGAGUUGCAAAACGAUUCUGCUUGAAUUUGUGCUGUAAUUUACUCAAUGGACAAUUGAUAUUGAUAUUGGUGCAACGUUCUUUCUAGA